GUGGGUCAAGCUGAGGAUGCAUUUUAAUUUAUAACAUUAAAUUAAGAUUGCAGAUGCUAAUAUAGAUAAAAUGAGUGAUUUUGUAAACGCUACGGAGGCAGCGUCGCUUGCUGUUACAUUCGAUCAAGCAGGACAGGUAGAUAAAGCGGUAGAAUGUUACAGAACAGCAGCGAGAUUAUUGGAUAGGGUUCGCGAUCAAGUUCCUCCAGAACGGCAAACAGAACUACGUGAUAAAGUACGACAAUAUCUUCAGAGAGCUACCCUCUUGCAGGAACAAAAAGACAAUGCACGGCAAGCAGAGAGCGAGCGAGGGCUGCAGCAAUGCUACUUCCUCCUGCAGCAGGCUCUGGAUGCGGACGAAGCUGGACUUGAGGAUCUGGCACUGCAGUUAUACACACAGGCUGUGGAGCUGGCAGUUACUGUAAAAUCAAGUGACCCAGACAUACAGACUAAAGUAAAGAAUUUGGCGAGACAGGCGCUGGAUCGAGCUGAGGAGUUGAAAGGGAUCAACAAAAUAGGAGCCAUGUCGCUAAACGACCCAAAGAGGCCGCCACCAAACAAAGCCCAGCUCCAAAGAGAACAGAGUGUUCACUUAAAGGUGAGCGGUAAGCAGGUUUACACAAAUGAGGAGAAAGAGGUUCUGCGGCAGACAUCAAACAUAAACAACAACUGCUUUCUGCCGUUCAUGGAUAUUGAUCUUUCAGAAAGGUUCCAGUACGCGAUUCCCUUCGAAGACCGAGCGAGCGAGCUAAAGCUGUCGUCCAAGCAAGCCAGCGAGUUCGAACGCUGGGUGCGACCGCACGAGAUUUGCACUGACCCCAAGAUGAUAGUCGGCGACCACGUUGACUGUUUCAGUAUUAAACAAACCAUAGUGUCAGACUGUUCAUUUGUGGCCUCCCUCGCCGUCAGCGCCCUCUACGAGAAACGGUUCAACAAGAAAAUCAUAACAUCCAUCAUUUAUCCGAAAAAUAAGAACAAGGAUCCUGUGUACAACCCGUUUGGGAAAUAUAUGGUCAAGUUACAUCUUAACGGAGUUAGGAGAAAGAUCAUUAUCGACGAUCGGUUACCAUACAGCCGUUACGGCCGCCUGUUGUGUUCGUACUCGAGCAAUAAGAAUGAAUUCUGGGUGUCGCUACUUGAGAAGGCCUAUAUGAAGGUCAUGGGUGGAUAUGACUUCCCUGGGUCAAAUAGUAAUAUAGAUCUGCACGCACUGACCGGCUGGAUUCCGGAGCGGUGUGCGAUCCGCAGCGAGCCGGAUUUCAACAGUGACGCCCUCUAUGAGACCAUACGGACGAGACUGCAUCGGGGCGAGGUGCUGGUAACAGCGGCCACGGGCACUUUAAGUGACGCGGACGCCGAACGCACGGGGCUUGUACCCGCACAUGCGUACGCCGUACUGGAUGUCAGAAUCGCUAAUGGCGUGAAACUCCUAAAGCUUAAAAACCCCUGGUCCCACCUCCGCUGGCGCGGAAACUAUUCCGAACUCGAUACCCAUCACUGGACUCACGAUCUACGAUCACAGCUCAACUACGACCCUGACAGCGCGGCACAAUAUGAUAACGGGGUGUUUUGGAUAGACUACGCGAGCAUAUUGAACUUUUUCGACGUGUUUUAUCUGAAUUGGAACCCAGAUAUGUUCCAGUACACGUAUUGCAUACACCAAAAAUGGGAUGCCGGUAACGGCCCAGUGAAGGACGCAUACAACAUCGGAGAGAACCCUCAAUUCUCUCUCCACGUGCACGGCAAGGGAGCCGUGUGGUUGUUGCUCACCCGCCACAUCACGCAGAUCGACGAUUUUAGGGACAAUAAGGAGUAUAUCACGUUGUUGGUGUAUAAGAAUAAUGGGAAACGAGUUUAUUAUCCAUAUGAGCCUCCCCCCCACAUCGACGGCGUGCGCAUCAACAGCCCCCACUACCUCUGCAAGAUCAUCGUCGGCGACGCCAGUGCCGACAAGUACACGCUAGUCGUCUCGCAGUACGAGAAGUCAAGGACGAUAUACUACACGCUACGCGCCUAUGCGACUUGCCCGAUUUCGAUGGAAAAGUUGGAGAGCUAUCGGCAUACUAAAACAAUCUCGGGCGAGUGGGUGGGGCGGAGCGCCGGCGGCUGUGAGAACCAUCGUGACACUUACAAGAACAACCCAAGGAUCUACAUCACCGUGCCAGAGAGCAGAGUGCCGUGCCGUGUGGUGGCGCAACUAAAGGGUCCCAAGCAGUACCAGAUGGGUAUGGACGCUAGGGUCGAGUCCAUCAGUGACCCCAACGUCACAGCACCCUUCGUUAAAGAGUCCUCGGGCGCUUAUAGAUCCGGUUUCGUAGUGUUGGAGCUGCCGGUCCUCCCGGCGGGCCGGUACGUCAUAACGCCGUCGACCUACUACCCGGGCCAGGAGGGGCCCUUCAUACUGGAGCUCCGGUCCACCAUAGAGCUGGCGUGCGAGGCGCGCGGCUAGGCCAGGCGGAGCAGGGCGAAGACUGACAAUGCUAUAUAUUAAUAUUAUUACAUAACUCAUAAAGGUUAAGAAACAUUAAGGCCCCAUUAGCACGGCAGCUUUUUCAACACGCGUUAAAAAGCGUUUGAAUGACACAAAUGGAUAACCAUGUAUCUAUUCACACGACAGCGGUGGCGUUUUUUUAUCAAGCGUUGUUGGAUUUUCGACUUUAAGCAUUGGUCGUUAAAUCGAAUUUAGAGUGCGGACAGAUUCAAGCGCUUUUUUAUCGCGCAUUGAAAAAGCUGUCGUGCGAAUAAUGGGGGCUAAGAGUCUUAGCGCCACUGCCACUAUUUGCUAACCCGGAACAGACGUGGCUCACUCCGCUAUUUCGUCGAUUUGCAACAAGUAGCUACAAGGUACAUCCUUUCCACACCAAGUUAAGUGGCAAGCGCAAGCCGCGCGUGGCGCUGUCGCCACCUAGCGUCCAUAUCUGUCCUGAUCGUAACAGACGCGUUUUGUUAGAGGGUGAGUCUUCUGUACCUAGUACUAUUAUUUAUUCUUUAAACUUGGAGUUACCAUGGUUACCAUUACAAUUUGACACUCGGUUAACAGUUUAACCGGUUAAUCCCGGGUUAGUGGGAUGAUGGAAGUGGCGCUUGAAAGUAAACUUGCAGCGCAGCACGCUUUGCUGCUAAGUUGAAUGUCGAUGCAAAUUUAUUUUUUCUUGCAGCAUCGCUGUUGUAAUUGGAAUAUUACCUUAACUGGCGACAGUGGUUACAUUACAAAGAUUCUUGUCAUUGGUCAAAUACGAAUCAAGAUAUUUAGACUUAUUAAUAUCAAGGCUAAUGUGGCGAAGACCGGCAUAUAACAUUUUUGGUUGGGAAGACCAUCAUAGGGCAAUAAUCUCGUAUUCGUACAGGCAGUCAGAAAGGAAGAGCUUCACUCCUGUUCUACCGACCUUCUGUAAGUGGAGUAUGUGUACAAACGCAAGAGUUAAAAACGACUAAAGAGCUAGUAGACGGUUUUUCCUUAGACGGUCUGUCCCAUAUUGCUUUUAUUUAAUAUUAACAUUUGCGUCCACCAUAAUGUAAUUUAUGAUUAUUUAGGUCAAUAAUUAAAAAAUCUGUUUAAUAUAUUUUAUAUUACCAUCUGCUUUAGUAUUUAUAGACGAGACAUUCGAUAUUAGACCAUAAGCCACUCAUUUAAGGUUGUUUUUGUCCUCGCUUCUCUUGAUACCGCCUAGUCGCAUUUUCUCACGUCUAUUACCUACUGCACUCUGUGAUAUGACACGUUAAAAUAAUAUUUUUUAAAUAGCAUAGCCACCGCCAUACAAUAAUUUUAAAACGAUUUGUAGAAAUAACAUGAAACUUGGCAUGAACAUUGUAGGCAUUUUUCAAACAACAAGGGUACGAUUACAGAUGUCAUUUUAAUAUUUUGCGAGAUUUUGCGUUUUUAGGGUUCCGUACCCAAAGGGUAAAACGGGGCCCUAUUACUAAGACUCUGCUGUCCGUCCGUCCGCCCGUCCGUCCGUCUGUCACCAGGCUGUAUCUCACGAACCGUGAUAGCUAGACAGUUGAAAUUUUCACAGAUGAUGUAUUUAUGUUGCCGCUAUAACAACAAAUACUAAAAACAGAAUAAAAUAAAGAUUUAAGUGGGGCUCCCAUACCACAAACGUGAUUUUUGACUGAAGUUAAACAACGUCGGGCGGGGUCAGUACUUGGAUGGGUGACCGUUUUUUUUGCCUUUUUUAGCAUUAUGGUACGGAACCCUUCGUGCGCGAGUCCGACUCGCACUUAUACUACUUGUUUAGUGCUUGUUGUACUUGUUUAGUGCGAGUAGGUUAUAAAUAUAGAUUUAUAACCUUAAAAACCGGGCAAGUUAGUGCGAGUAUAUAGGGAGAUAUUGGAGAUGACAUCUGUCAGCGUACCCAUGCUGCUUGAAAAAUACUUUACGUACUUACUUAAUAAUAGAUAUGCAUCUAAGUUUGGUUUUCAUUUUCGUUGUAGACAUUGUACUUAAUACAGAGAAAAUGAAGCAAGUAAAAGUUUUAUCAUAGAUUGUAUGGCGGCGUCUAAGUUCUUAUGACUUUUAUAUCCCAAAAAUUAGUUGCAAAUUUAAAUUUGAAUUAUUUUCAUAUAGUUUAAAUUAUUAUUGAAUUUGGUUGGUUUAUUUUAGAUUUAAUUUUGUAACAGAAAUAAUGACAGCACAUAAAUGUUGUUUUUCUAAUGAAUCUCUAAAACAGUUUUUAUUAUAAUUAUUAAUGAAAUUUUAGAUGACGAGAUUUGAAUCAGUAUCUUAUAAAAUAUAUAAAUGUAACAAUCGGAUUUUUUUGCGUUUUGUGUGAUAUUUUGUAGUUUGUAAGCAUCAUAUAUAUGAAGUUGUAAAA